GAAAUGUGAAUGGAAGUGCAUAUAGCUCACUUUCAUAUUUGUUAAUGGUCUGGGCCUAUAGCCCACACUGUUGAGAGUCCACAAACUGGGUCCACCAAGCUGCACAAGAACUAGCAAUGCAGAGCUCAAAAUCGUUUAGCGGUCUUACAUUUCGAUUCAACUUCCCUUACUCCCGUCCCCCCAUUUUCCCCUGCGAAACCCUAAAUCGGAGAGAUGUGGUUCCUCCGGUGCCAACAAAUGUCCAUAACUUUCUAACCCAGUAAGUCUCCUCUGCUAUUUGAGCGAUUCCGGCGGUGGUGUUUGGAUUUACGGCGGUGGGGGGUCAUCUCUCUUUGCCCGGGACGCAGCGGUUGAGGUUCUCCAGAAAGCGUCUAUGGAGAGCAGCAGCAAGUUAGGGAAAGCUCGAAAAGGGCGUCGUAACAGGUUAAGCCAUCUUCCUGAACCGAUUAUUUACCACAUCCUUUCAUUUCUCGACACCAAACUCGCCGUCCAGACCUCUGUGUUGUCCCGAUCAUGGCGAUGCGCUUGGAAACAUGUCGCUGUCCUCGAUCUAAACACAGCUUCCUUCGAGCGGUAUUCGCGUUUCGAAAGGUUUGGGGACAAGGUGAUGUCCCUCCGCUAUCCCCUUAGUCUCCGCAAGGUCUGCUUCGUCGACGAGGAGAUUAUGCACAAACGACGGGAUCAUCCCCUGUUCGAGAGGGUCAUCGAACAUGCCUUCUCCCACGAUGCUCAACAUGUUGUGAUUGAACUCGAACAUGAGUUGGAGCUCGAGGAGAAUUUCGACUUCUCCCGUUUGUUUUGCUCGGUCACGAACAGCAGCAAUGUCAAAACUCUGGAACUGAGAUGGGUGAAGCUCGACUACAAAUCUGAAUUCUCUGGUUUUAGGUCCCUGACGACUCUGAAUUUGUACUGUUGCUGGCUGGAUGCUGGGGAUGUCUUCUCUGAUUCUAAUUUCCCUUGUCUGAAGAAUUUGGCCAUCGAGAAGUGCGAAUGCUUUUGCUAUACGGGUUGCAUAUCGGGGCUCCAUUUGCUUAGCUUGAAGCUUUUACCUGUGCCUUUUGAGCAACUUGAAGUAUGUGCACCAAAGCUCAAAUUCUUGAGCUUUUGCACAAAUGAGGUAUCUCAGGAGCUGUCAAAGUUAAGCCUUCCUUCCCUUGAGCAUGCUGAAGUCGGCGGGUACUUUCCGUUUGGGCUCCGCGACAUAAGAGAGCAACAUUUGAUCUCUUUAUUCCAUGAUUUGCAUAAUGUUAAAUCUCUGACGCUGCAUUCCCAGACCGUGAAGGUACUGAGUAGGAUUUCUGGGGUUCUGGAACAGCAACCCGCUCCUUUUACGAGAUUGACGUAUUUGAAGUUGUUUUCGCGGUCUUACAAUGUACCUUUCGAAGUGGUCAAUUAUUUUCGCAAAGGAUCGCCUAGUGAUGAACUGCAAAUCGAGUUCGUUGAUGAACGAGAGUAGACGGCUUUCGCCGUCGUUUCUGAUUGUGGGUAAGGUAGCAGGAGGAUCAAGGUUCUAUCGAUAUAGCUAGUGGAUAUCAGUUGGAGGACCUAGGGUAUUCUAUCCAUAUCUUUAUCGUUGUGAAGAACAUAUUACUUGUGAAGGUUUUUUUUGGAGUACAAUUUUGAAUGCUCCCGUUUGUUUGGCUCAGUCGAGAAUAGCAAUGUCAAAACUCUAGGACUAAGAUGAGUGAAGCUCGAUUAUAUAUCUCAAAACUCUGGUUUUAGAGACGGCUAUGAAUUUGUACAAUUGCUGGCUGGAAGUUCUGGAACCUUGGAAUUGGCUAUGAGGAUGGUGUUAUGCGCACCGAAACUCGAAUCCUCCAAACUAGGGCAUGACUUGCAAUUGUUUGAAUUCCAAAAACACAAGCCCUGCUUCCCUCGUUCAGGCUCAUCUUCGGCCUUGUGAUGGGGGAACCCGAGAGGGACGAUAAUAAGGAAGUAAGGAUCUCAUGCUUUAACGUCUGAUCUCCAUGUUCAAAGGUUUGAAGAAUGUCAGAUCUCUCUCAGACUGGAUCACCAAACUGUCCGGGUAUUUUAGUGGAGUGAUUGUGAUUGCAUGCUCAUCACUUUCACCCUCAACUGUUGCUAAACUAAUAGGAAGCUUAUAAUGUUUACAAUGUAACCUAACUUUAAUCUCAUAGAGAAGCAGAUGCAGCUAUGGGCUAUGGCACAUGGUAGCGUGGCAUCACCUGCUACUUCUCCAAGAAUGAGCCAUCUCUCUGAGGUACACCCAAAGUUAAUGAAGAAAAUCUGUCCAAAACACACUGUGGCAGAGUGUGGAGCUGAAACUGAAAUUGGAAUAGGAAGUGGAAGCGUGUUGGGAUUUGGGAGAGGACAGGCGGUGAAAUCAAUCGACCCUCAAAGGCCAAAGCUCGCGAGUCGCGAGUGCACCAAUCGAGCUGAACACUGGCAGGAAUCAUGGCCGGUGGCGUGCUUGGCAGAAGGUUUUGCCCACCGAUUCCGUGUGCCAGCAACCAAAGGAAGGGUGGUAAGGAGAGGGAACUGCUGAGCGUACGGAAGCUGCAGGGAAGGGAAAAGCGCAGCAGUGGGCGUACGGACGGUAAGGGGGCGGCAAUGGCGUCCGCUGGAAUCGGGGAAGACCAUGCCGGCUCAGGGAACGGAGGUGUGUGGGAGUUGGCCUAAACGACGGAAUUGGGCGUCUGCAGGUAAGGGAAAUAGGAUAGCUCUCAAUACCUACACUAAAAGUAUGGUCAGAUGGUCUUGACCGGUCUGACUCCAACUAUCACCGGUUGCCGGCAAAUCUCUUUUUCGUCGGAAAAUCAAUUUUUUUCGCCUUUUCUUUUACUUAUAAACUGUUCCCGCGUCUAUAAAAUAAAGAGCUUGAU